AUGUUUCUCUACCAACUGCUCAGCUUUUUCUUUGUAGUUUCCAAAAAGGAAGAGAAGCCCAAAUAUGAUCUCUCUCUGUACAAGCGCGGCGACUUGCUUGAGGUACCCAGGACAUUAUUCACACAUUUCGGGAUUUACCUGGGGGACGAUCGUGUGGCUCAUCUCAUUCCUGACAUCCUGCCUGCGAUCACCAAAAACAAAUCUGCGAUUGCAAAGAUGGUAACAAAUAAUCGCCUCAUCCUGGGGGCCAUCACCAAAGAAGCGAGCGUCAGAGUGGACUCUGUGGCAGAUUUUGCUUACGGCUCCGAGAUCCUGAUCAACCACAUGGAUAAAGUGUGCGCACAGCCUCCCUUAGAUGGAGACGAGGUGGCUCGGAGGGCAGAGAAACUCCUGGGCUCAGUCACCUACAGCCUGCUGUGGUACAACUGUGAACACUACGUCAUGUACUGCAGAUAUGGAAUGGCCAUCAGCUACCAGACAUACCAGUUCUGCACUACGAUACGGAAGAUCGUGUUCAGCAGACUGAGCGCCUUUUUGACUGCACUGUGUGGCAUGUGCACUGUGCUGUACGUAGGCUGCGUGACGCCGCUGACGUUUUUACUCGUCCUGCUCGUCUCGUUCACCAUCUGGAUGGCUGCCUAA